AUGAAAUACUUAUUUGUGUUUGCACUUCUCAUCGGCAGCAUCAGCGCCACCGAACUUGCCCCCGAGCAAGCAAGUGUUGAACCACGCUUCAUUGAUGUUUUAAUUCGUGGAGUUUUAGAAGACGCCAUGCAGGGCAUGAGGGAUCGUGGUUUGGACCCCUUGUUGAUCCAUAGAGAGGCUGGCAAGUUUGCUUUACCCGUUCCUGAAUUGUUCACAGCAGUUGGUUAUGUUGAAAACCUUUCCGUAAUUGGUCUGAGCAACAUCAAUAUCAAAGACAUCAACUUCUCGAUAACCCGUCUUAGAAUCGAACUUGAACUACCAGGCAUCGAAAUCGCGAUCGGACGUGCUUACGGUAAGGUGUCCGGUUUCGGUGACAGCGCUGAAGGACUCAUCUCAGGACGUGUUUCCAUCAAAUCUCUUCGCGUUGCUGCAGACGCUCAUCUCUCGCUCAUUGGCGGCAUUUCUUUGAACUCUUUGGUGGUUGAUGCCUCUCUCGGUGGCAUCGAUUCUGGCUUUACCACAGUACAAUUGCUCCACUUGGACCUCACCGACAGGUUGAACCAUUUAUUGGGUACCCUAAUUCCAGACCUCCUUGAACAGAACAGGGAGGACCUGAACGAAACAAUCUCAGCUAUUCUGCUGAUAAUCAUCAACAACCUCCUCGACGGCCUCACUUUCUUCAGAAACUUGGCUUAA